UCCACUCCUGAGCGAUCGUGGCUGGAACCGCCUACCUGCUUAAGUGUCCACCUUGCCUUGCUCCACCUAGCCCAACUUGCCAGAGCUCCCUGAAGAAAGAGCCCUCUCUCCUGGAAGCUGGACCAAGGGAGAGGCUUUGGGCAUCAGCCCACCUCCACCAUGAUCUCUGCCUACCUGUGGUUACUAUGCCUCUCUGUUACUCAGGCGUCUGCCACCGAGGCCCAGCCUGCAGAGCUAAGUGUGGAGGUCCCCGAAAACUAUGCUGGAAAUUUCCCUUUGUACAUAGUCAAGCUAUUACUACCCCUUGGGAGGGAUGAAGGCCAUAUUGUCCUAUCGGGAGACUCAGGCAUGGACUCGGCUCAAGACCCCUUUGUUGUGGAUCCAGAGUCUGGUUUUCUGAUGGCAACAAGGGCCCUGGACUGGGAGGAAAAGGCAGAAUACCAGCUACAGGUCACCUUGGAGUCUGAAGAUGGACUUGUCUUGUGGGGUCCACAGCUUGUGACUGUGCAUGUGAAAGAUGAGAAUGACCAGGUACCCCAAUUCUCCCAGGCCAUCUACAGAACCCAGCUGAGCCAGGGCACCAAGCCUGGGAUCCCCUUCCUCUUCCUUGAGGCUUCUGAUGGGGAUGCACCAGGCACGGCUAACUCGGACCUUCGGUUCCACAUUCUGAGCCAGUCUCCAGCUCAGCCUUUACCAGAGAUGUUUCAGCUGGACCCAAGACAAGGGGCUCUGGCCCUUAGUCCCAAGGGAAGCACCAGCUUAGACCACGCCCUUGAAGAGCCUUACCAGCUCUUGGUACAGGUCAAGGACAUGGGUGACGAGCCCUCAGGCAACCAGGCUAUGGCCACUGUGGAGAUCUCCAUAGUGGAGAACACCUGGGCACCCCUAGAGCCUGUUCACCUGGCAGAGAAUCUCAGGGUUGCAUACCCACACAGCAUUGCCCAGGUUCGCUGGAGUGGAGGAGAUGCACAUUACCAACUGGAGAGCCAGCCUCCAGGACCCUUUGAUGUGGACUCAGAAGGAAGGAUCCAUGUAACCAUGGAGCUGGACCGAGAGGGUCAGGCUGAGUACCUGCUCCAAGUCCGAGCUCAGAAUUCCCGUGGCGAGGACUAUGCGGAACCCCUGGAGUUGCAGGUGGUGGUGAUGGAUGAGAACGACAAUGCCCCUGUUUGCUCUCCACAUGACCCAACACUCAGCAUCCCUGAGCUCAGUGCCCCAGGAACUGAAGUGACCAAGCUGUCCGCAGAGGAUUUGGACGCCCCCGGAUCACCCAAUUCCCACAUUGUGUAUCGGUGGUUGAGCCCUGCACCUGAGGAAGGGACUGAAGAAAAAGCUUUCGAGUUAGACUCCACCUCAGGCAUUGUAACACUGGGAACUGCCCCACUCCAUGCUGGCCAGAACAUCCUGCUUCAGGUGCUGGCUGCUGACUCAGCAGGAGCAGAGGGUGGACUCAGCAGCAUGUGUGAGGUGACGGUCAUGGUCACAGACAUCAACAACCACGCCCCCGAGUUCGUCACCUCCCAGAUUGGACCUGUAAGUCUUCCUGAGGAUGCGAGGCCUGGGGCUCUGGUGGCCACACUCACAGCCACUGAUGCUGACCUUGAACCUGCCUUCCGCCUCAUGGACUUUGCCAUUGAAGACGGAGACCCGGAAGGGAUUUUUGACCUGUCCUGGGAGCCAGAAUCUGACCAUGUCCAGCUCAGACUCCAAAAGAACCUCAGCUACGAGACAACUCCUGUUCACAAGGUGGCAGUGGUGGUAUGGAACGUGGAGGAAGUGGUGGGCCCAGGCCCAGGCCCUGCAGCCACAGCCACGGUGACUGUACUGGUGGAGAGGGUGAUACCACCCCUCAAGUUGGACCAGGAGAGCUAUGAAGCCAGCAUCCCAGUUAGCGCCCCAGCUGGCUCCCUCCUUCUGACCAUCCAGCCCUCAGACCCUGUGAGCAGAACCCUCAGGUUCUCCCUGGUCAAUGACUCAGAGGGCUGGCUCUGCAUCAAGGAGGUCUCUGGGGAGGUACACACAGCCCAGUCCCUGCAGGGUGCCCAGCCUGGGGACACAUACACAGUGCUUGUGGAGGCCCAAGACACAGAUGAUCCAGGACGGAGCACUUCUGCCACUGUUGUGGUCCAUUUCCUGAAGGCCCCUUCCGUCCCAGCAUUGACUCUGGCCUCUGGGCCCAGCCGACACCUCUGUACGCCCCGCCAAGACUAUGGUGUGAUUGUCAGUGGGGCCAGUGAGGACCCUGACCUGGCCGACAAGAAUGGUCCCUACAGCUUUGCUCUUGGUCCCAACCCCACCGUGCAGAGGGAUUGGCGCCUCCAACCUUUCAAUGAUUCCCACGCCUUCCUCACCUUGGCCUUGCAUUGGGUAGAGCCUGGUGAAUACAUGGUACCUGUGAUUGUCCACCACGAUGCUGAGAUGUGGCAACUCCAGGUCCGAGUGGUCGUAUGUCGCUGCAAUGUGGAGGGUCAAUGCAUGCGCAAGGUGGGCCGCAUGAAGGGAAUGCCCACGAAACUGUCAGCAGUGGGCGUCCUCUUGGGCACCCUGGCAGCCAUAGGCUUCAUCCUCAUCCUUGUCUUCACCCACUUGGCCCUGGCAAGGAAGAAGUACCUGGAUCAGCCAGCAGACAGCGUGCCCCUGAAGGGAGCAGCGUAGUGAUCCACACAGCCCCAGCUCCAUCUGAAUUCACUGAGAAAGGGCCCACCCAGUAUCCAAGAUGCCCUGGGUGCCAAGACAGAGUAAAAAGCCCUUCGCCUUCUUGGGUUGGAGACACUAUCAACCAGGCAUGUCUGCAAAGCCUGAGCAUCUGCUUUACAGACUGACCACGGGACCGCUCCAAAUGACAGCUUUCUGUCCUAUAAUAAAGGCUCAGAGAACCAGGCUGGA